CAUUAGAGGGAAAGCGUAUACCAAUCUGUACAUGAAACAGCCAGAGGCAGCUGAAGAACUCUAGAGGACCCACUGAGGCAAGGCUGGAAGACCCCUCCCUUGCCUCCUGAGUGCCCCACCCCGUACCUGCCCACCUGCCCAGCCUGGAGCCGGCGGGAGCCGGAGGGGAUGCCCGGGCUUUUCUCCAGGAGGCCCCCGCCUACCCCGGGGCGGGGCCCGGGCUCCUAGCGGCAGAGCCACAGCCCAAACAGUUUCCUGCGCGAAGGAGGAAGAGGGAAGGAAGGCGCUGAGGAUCACACACACCCAGCCCAGCUGCCGGCUUCUCCACCACCUCGGAGACCACGCGAGCCUCCGCACUCUGCAUCCACUGCGAACCCCUUAAAAACCAGGGCAGCCCGCACUCGCUGGUCAAAAAGAUGGAGAUCCCAGCCACCCACUAUGCCGCCUCCAGGGCCGCCUCGGUGGCGGAGAACUACAUCAACUACCAGCAGGGGACCCCGCACAAGGUGUUCCAGGUGCAGACCGUCCAGCAGGCCAGCAAGGAGGAUAUUCCAGGAAGAGGGCACAAGUAUCACCUUAAAUUUUCUGUGGAAGAAAUUAUCCAAAAACAGGUAACAGUGAACUGCACAGCGGAAGUCCUUUACCUGCAGCCGGGACAAGGUGCUGCCCCAGAGGUCAGCUUCACUUUUGACGGAGAAAUCGGCAAGAACCCGGAUGAAGAAGAUAACACAUUUUAUCAAAGGCUUAUGUCUAUGAAGGAACCACUACAAGCACAAAACAUUCCAGACAGCUCUGGAAAUGUGUCUCCACAAAUGAAGCCAGUUCGCCACUUAGCCUGGGUCGCCUGUGGUUACAUAAUGUGGCAGAAUUCGACCGAAGACACAUGGUAUAAGAUGGCACAGAUUCAAACGGUCAAGCAAGUGCCAAGAAAUGAUGACUUCAUUGAAUUAGAUUAUACCAUUCUACUCCACGACAUUGCGUCACAGGAGAUCAUUCCCUGGCAAAUGCAAGUUUUGUGGCAUCCACAGUACGGCACAAAAGUCAAGCACAACAGCCGCCUCCCGAAGGACCUGGGGGCGGAGUAAACAGAGCCCCUAACGCCCAGAUGAAAUGGAAACGUUCCUAAUGAUGGGGAUGACUGUCCUCACUGGCACCCAGCCUAAUACCAAAUGAAUCCCACGGAGUCUCUCUGUUUGUCUUAGCUACAGCACCGAGCUGCACAGAUUCCAUAAGCAAGAGUAUUACUACAUAAAAGUGUCUUUCCAACAGUAACAAUACUGUGUAUAUCCCCGAAUAAAAAGCCCGCUUCAG